AUGCAAAAAAUGCACCUGCCAGUGAAUCUUUCAAGGGAAAGGGCUGGGCUGGGUGAGCCCCGGAGCCAUCCGGCUACCGGCUUUAGACCCGGCUUGUCUGCCUCACCCAGAGACAGCUACGGGGGUGAUGGAGCAAUUUUCAGACGCAGGCCUUGGGCAGCCCCAGUCCCUCCGCAAGCUCCCCCAUUCCCCCCGGUCCUGCUACUCGCCUGCACGCAGCCCCUCAGCCCCGCGCCCAGCCCGGACGGGUGGGGCUUGCUUUCCACUGCUUUAGGGCCAUCUGCGCCCUCCUCCCCGCGCGGCUCCGCGUCCUCUUCCAGGCCUUCGCGCCCUCCCCCAGCCGGCCGACGGGGCUCCUCGCCCCCCUUUCCUGAUGACUCCCCUCUGGCGCCCACUCCCCACCUGCUCCGGCACCUGAGGUGGCAGGACCGGCGCCCUCCGUCCGUCCCUCCCGCCCGCGGUACCUGGCCGGCAGGCACAGCUUGGCUCGGCAAGGCUCCCGCGCCGCGCCGCGCCGCGCUGCGGGACUGGCCUCCGUCCGUCCGUCCGCCCGCCCUCCUCUGGCGCGGGUGGGGAAAUGGGGUGUGGAGGCGGCGGGGGCCUGCGCCCGGGCCGCUGUCGCUGCCGCCCGCCGGCGGGAGAGGAGGGCGCCGCCGUCGCUCAGGGCUGUGCAAUCGGGCCCCGAGCCAUCGAGCGCCCGCGAUGGCUAGCGGAGACCUCGGCGCUCCAGAAGAAGGUAGGGGCCCAAGGGAACGAGGAGUCCCGGAGCGGCGGCUUGGAGACGCAAACCCGCAGCAAGGUGUCGUAGUGCUGAAGGGAACGGAGCCACCGCCCCCAGGGUCGUCGCUCUGUGGCUCCGCGUUGUUCCCGCUCUGCUGGGCAGAAAGCAGCUUGAGGCACUCCAUUUCUGGAAAGCGCCCUUGGACCCACGCCAGUACGGUCAACAAAAUGCAAACCAUGCAGUGCUUCAAAUCAGCAUCUCCUUCAGCAGUUUUGCAUGCCAUUUUUAUCUUUCCUCUUUCCAAUCUGAAAUAAACAAAAUACUGCCAUGCAAGUUUAUAGUUAUUUUCCAUUCCAAACCAGACAAAAAUAGGACUACUAAAUGUAUUCACCAUAUAUUAAUUCAGUUUCCUCAUUCCCUAUUAGUUCUGUCUGAGCGUCAAUAGCAGAUUACUUAAUAAAAUAAGCAACUGUCAAAUAAUUGCAAUGCACAAACCUACUUAUUAGACUUCUCAUUAGUUAGUCUCUUUCAGUAAAGUGGGUUGACUGAUUUAGAGCGUGAAUCAGUUCUGCCAUACAAAUUCCAGUCAUAGUGGAAUAUCUGUGCAGUCUCAUAUGCCUCUGGGCUAAAUAUUUUAUUUCUUAACAGCAUUAUAAUCCUCAGUGACUCUAGAGGAAGAGAAAGGAAUGUACACUUUGAAUACAGUGUAACUGUCUGUGCAUGAGUAAGAAUUGCAGGACUAGGGGCCUGAUUUCAAGCAAAUGAGACAUCACCAAAUAAUUACACAGCAAACAAAAUAAACUCCAUUUUAUCUUUAAACCAGUAAGAA